GAAAUGAGCAAAGACGAGGAAGUGCAGCUUCAUAUCCUCCUCCUCCUCCUCCUCCUCUUCCUCUCACUGUUACUGUAGACAGACGAGCUCAGUGUGUGUGGUGUUCAGAAUACUGUCGUUCACACCCGGAGUGUGUGUGUGUGUGUGUGUGUGUUAACUCGGUGAUGAAGGUGCCGGUGGUCCUCCUCCUCCUCUUCCUCCUCCUGCUGGUGACCGGAUGUGCAGAGGGCAGGUGUUUCUGUCAGGUCACCGGAGACCUGGACGACUGCGCCUGCGAUGUGGAGACGAUCGACGGCUUCAACAACGACCGGCUGUUCCCCAAACUACAAACGCUUCUGGAGUCGGACUACUUCAGGUUCUACAAGGUGAACCUGAACAAGCCGUGUCCGUUCUGGACGGUCAGCGGUCACUGUGGUCUGAGGGACUGUGCGGUGAAGACCUGCUCUCCUAACGAGGUGCCAGAGGGGAUCAGGUCGCCGUCGCACAACAAGUAUUCAGCAGAAGCGAACGAGGAGCAGCUGGACGAGUGUGAGCGAGCGCAGCAUCUCGGAGCAGUGGACGUCUCUCUGAGCGACGAGACGCGAGAGGCGCUGCUCGACUGGAGCAAACACGACGACGAGGCCGAACACUUCUGUGUGUCCGACGACGAGGAGUCGCCGGACUCGCAGCACGUCGACCUGCUGCUGAACCCCGAGCGCUUCACGGGCUACAGGGGCCCCGAGGCCUGGAAGAUCUGGAACAGCAUCUACGAGGAAAACUGCUUCAAACCGUUAACCGUGAAGCGACCACUCGCUCCCGACUCGUUCCGCAGCAGCUCAGGACCUGAAGCGAGGAUCUUCUACAGCUGGCUGGAGGGUCAGUGUGUGGAGAAGAGAGCUUUCUACCGCCUCAUCUCCGGCCUCCACGCCAGCAUCAACACACACCUGAGCGCCAGGUACCUGCUGGAUGACAGCUGGUUCCAGAGGAGGUGGGGUCACAACGUCACAGAGUUCAGGCAGCGCUUCGACUCGGAGCUGACGGCCGGCGAGGGGCCCAAGCGGCUGCGCAACCUCUACUUCCUGUACCUGAUAGAGCUGCGGGCGCUGGCCAAGGCCCUGCCCUUCUUCCAGCGGCCGUCCUUCCGGCUGUACACGGGCCGGGCGGAGGAGGACCAGAGACACAAGGAGCUGCUGCUGCAGGUGCUGCAGAUGGCCAGAUCUUUCCCGCUGCACUUUGACGAGACUUCUCUGUUCGCCGGCGACGAGAAGGAAGCAGCCAAACUGAAGGAGGACGUCCGACUGGCGUUCCUCAACAUCUCCAGGAUCAUGGACUGUGUCGGCUGCUUCAAGUGUCGACUGUGGGGGAAACUGCAGACUCAGGGAUUAGGCACGGCGCUCAAGAUUCUGUUCUCCGAGCGACAGAUCGAGGCUCUGCCCGCCUCCGGCGGCCGGCGACCCAGUUUCCAGCUCAGCCGGCGGGAGAUCGUCUCGCUGCUCAACGCCUUCGGCAGGAUUUCCACCAGCGUCCGAGAGCUGAAGAACUUCCGCUCGCUGCUCGCAGAGGAGCGGUGACCAGAGGAGUCGGAGGUUCUGUGAGCCGACUGUCGUGGCCCCGCCGCCGCCGACCGCCCUCGCCGCCGUCCGGCACCUCUGAUUAAAAGUCAAAGAUGAAAAAUGAUUUAAUCAAAACUCCUUCCGACCCCGAAAAGUCCCUUCAGUAUGAUUAAGACUAGUGGACGAAUUAACAGGCGGGAAAAACAAAACAAGAAUGAAUAAUAUUAAUGUGAUAUAUGUCUGAACGCCGCGUCCGCGUCUACACUCGUCAGUGUGGAAUCAAAUUCUCUUUAUGAUGUGGUUUUGUCUCGCAACUUUAUUUCAAAUUAUUACAAAUAUAUUAGGAUUUUUAUUAAUUAUUACAAGACGUUUAAAGAUGUCACACACAUAAGAACUUACACACAGUAUGUUAUUGAAGAACCACUAAAUGAACCGUAUGAUUUUUUUCUAUGAAUCUCUCAUUGUCUAUGCCUUCAGCUGAGAGUUCAUUUUUAAGGGUUCGAUGAAUAAGGGCUCAGCAUUCAUUAAUGAUAUUUCAUUUAAUUUUUCUGGAACUGAUUAAGUCUUUUUUUGCUUCAGUUAAAAUGGAAUCUGAAGUUUUGAUGAGUCACAUUAGUUUAGUUUUGUGAAAGUGUAAUAAUGCCAUGAGUUUACAGUACAAUUUAAAUUCAGAGGCCUGUUGUUGUUGUGAUUGUUUCACUGUCCAGCAGAUGGCGCUGUUUGUACAUGAACUGAUUUUCACAUUUCGACCUGAUGAACUUGCAGAUAAAUGCAAAGUUAAAAAUUCCAAUUGCUUUGAAAGUUUUGUAUGUAAACAAGGGAUAUGAUUAAUAAAAAGUAUGUUUCUUAUGUGAGAAAAUA